CUUUACAAAGAUGUCAAUAAAAUACGGAGCCAUGGGGCAGAAUAAGAAAAUGAAACCCUCAAUGAGAGAGACAGAGAUCCACCACUAUCGUGUUCAUGAGAAUGUCCCCUUUCCACAGUGGGGCCACAUUAGUUUGUAGGCCAAACGGUUGGGACAAAACAAACAGAAGAUGGCACACCGACGGUGCACACCAACUAAAUCCAAUGACGUGGUCGUUGUUUUGGUUUGAUUUCACGUAUAAUUCACAUUAGUUGACAACUCAACGAGAUGUAAAUCAACACUAAAAGUUUAAAUGACGUCUGUGCCCAGUGAGAAGACUGUCACAUGUUUUAAUACCUCAGCAGUAGUCUAGAGUCUACGUCUCAUUUCACAUCACUUAGUUGUGUAGAUCCCACUAUAUAUAAUAGGAUAAAACUGCAAGCCUCAAUCCCAACUGAAUGGAAUAUAGGCACCAUCUAAUCAAAGUGUAUAUUUUGUCCAUGUUGAACAGUGUUUUCUAUGAUGACCCAUACUGUACUCAGGCACAAUGGUUCCUUGGCCAAUGGGGACAAGGGACGGAGGAGAAGUCGCCUGGCCCUCUACAAGAGACCCAAAGCCAACGGGGUCAAACCUGAUGUCAUCCACAAUGUCUCUACCCCUCUGGUGUCAAAGGCUCUCAGCAACAAAAGCCAGCACAGCAUCUCCUACACCUUGUCCAGGAGUCACUCGGUCAUUGUAGAAUACACCCAUGACAGCAACACAGAUAUGUUUCAGAUCGGGCGUUCUACAGAGAACAUGAUUGACUUUGUGGUGACGGACACGGCAGGCAGCAGCACCAGUGGUGGUGGGGGGCAGGGCCAGGGGGCGGGGCCAGGGUGCGUGGCCAGGGGGCAGGGCCAGGGUGCGGUGGGCGAGGGGGGCGGAGGAGGAGGGCAGUCGGUCCAGAGCACAAUAUCCCGCUAUGCGUGCCGUAUCAUGUGCGAACGCAGCGCCCCGUACACGGCCCGCAUCUACGCCGCCGGCUUCGACUCCUCCAAAAACAUCUUCCUGGGGGUGAGUCAUCGCGGUGACGACUACAGUGAGCGGGCUGCCAAAUGGCGGACGUCGGACGGCUUGAUGGAUGGCCUAACCACCAAUGGCGUGCUGGUGAUGCACCCGGCGGGGGAGUUUGUGUCUGAGCCGGCGCCGGGCGUGUGGCGGGAGAUCUCGGUGUGUGGGAACGUCUUUGCCCUGCGGGAGACACGCUCGGCCCAGCAGAGGGGAACAUUGGUGGAGAACGAGUCCAACACCCUGCAGGACGGCUCUCUGAUCGACCUGUGCGGCGCAACCCUUCUGUGGCGCACCCCGUCGGGCCUGCGCCGCACCCCCACCCUGAAGCAGCUGGAGACCCUCCGCCAGGAGCUGAAUGCCGCACGGCCCCAGUGCCCUGUGGGUUUCAACACCCUGGCCUUCCCCAGCCUGGCCCGGCGAGAGAUUGUGGACAAGAAGCAGCCCUGGGUCUAUGUCAACUGUGGUCACGUCCACGGCUACCACAACUGGGGCUACCGGAAAGACAAGGGCCAUAACGUGGGCCCCGGAGGGACGGCUCCGGCGAGCACCGGGGAAAGGGAGUGCCCCAUGUGCCGGCGCGUGGGCCCCUACGUGCCCCUAUGGCUGGGCUGUGAGGGCGGGCUGUACCUGGACGCGGGCCCCCCGACGCAUGCCUUCUGCCCCUGUGGCCACGUGUGUUCGGAAAAGACAGUGGCGGGCUGGAGCCAGAUCCCGCUGCCGCACGGCACACACGCCUUCCACGCCGCAUGCCCCUUCUGUGGCACCUGGCUGACGGGCGAGCACGGACACAUCAAACUCAUCUUUCAGGGGCCCGUCGACUGAGCCCCUGGGGGGUGAGAUGGAGGGAGGGUGGACUAUGGAAACGUCUAAAAGGAAACAUGAAGGGAUAAUCAUUGGAAAGACUGUUGAAAUGAAGAUGGACUGAACUGAAGAGGGAAACGUGAUGGAAGCAGAUGAAGCAUAAAUGGUAUUUAAGUUGUAUUUGGGGAAUAUGUAAAUAAAAUGUGUUGAAAUG